AAUAGCUUUCACAAAAUGACUCAAUGGACUGUAACACUUAUAUUGCUCUGCUUGGGUGCUACUUUCGCAGUUUCUCAAUCUGUUGAAGAUGAUGCUAAUCUGUCCACGAUUGGUCUGCUUCAAAAGUAUGGCUACCCGGCGGAAAAACAUAUCGUUAACACUGAUGAUGGUUAUAUACUCGAGCUGCAUAGGAUACCAAGGCCCGGAGGCAUACCUGUAUUCCUCAUGCAUGGCCUAUUGUGUAGCUCAGCAGCUUUUAUAUUGAUGGGCCCCAAAAAUGGAUUGGGCUAUUUACUUUAUGAGCAGGGCUACGAUGUCUGGAUGGGUAAUGCGCGUGGCAAUACGUAUUCCAGGAACCAUGUCAAAUACAAUGAAGACCAGUCGCAAUUUUGGGAUUUCUCAUUCCAUGAAUUGGCCAUCUUUGAUCUACCAGCCAGCAUUGAUUAUGUGCUGCAUGAGACCAACCAUCCGAGUCUGCACUACAUUGGCCAUUCUCAGGGCACAACUUCGUUCUUCAUUUUGGGCAGCGAACGACCCGAGUAUAUGGAGAAGAUCUUUCUCAUGCAGGCCCUGGCGCCCAUUGCCUUCUUCAAGAAUUGCAAGAGUCCGCCCGUGGUGUUCCUAGGCGCAACUGAAUUGACCGGACAUUUCCUGCGAAUGUUGGGUCCAGAUGAGUUCUUGCCGUCCGACGACUUUCUGACAAUGUUUUCACGAGCAUUAUGUGAUGCUAAUCGAAUCGGCCUGAAGCUCUGCAAGAAUACGCUCUUUCAGUUUGCGGGCUACAGCCCGACACAAACGAAUGAGACAAUGAUGCCAGUCGUACUUGGCCAUACUCCAGCCGGCGCUUCUAGCCGCCAAAUAUUGCACUAUAUUCAGUUCAGAUCAUCGAAUGAGUUUCAACAGUUUGACUUUGGCCUUUUGCAGAAUAGAGUACGUUAUUCGAGCCUGAAACCGCCGAAAUACAAUUUGAGCGGUGUCACGGCCAAGGUUAUGUUAUAUUAUAGCCAAAAUGAUUUGUUGGGCCAACCCGAAGAUGUGACCAGACUCUAUUUCGCUUUGCCCAAUGUGGUUGAGAGAUAUCUGGUGGACUAUCCGAGUUUCAAUCAUUUGGACUUUUUGUGGGGCAUAGACGCACCCGAGCUGCUCUUUGAGCGAAUGUUUAAGAAUAUGCGAUAUGUUGAAGAGGGGGCGGAUAAAUUUAAGCUGAAUGGGUAUAGGGGUAAAUGAAACUUAAUGGAGUAGAACGAUAAAUAUAGAUAAAAUAAAGGUGAUAUGAGAUCAAUAUCUAAGAUUUU